CCUCACGAAAUAACGUCUGACCUUUUGCUGAUUUACUUUGAGGAUAAUUAUAAACUAUCAUUGCUAUACAGCCUCUUUUAUCUAUAAAGAUGAACGGAAGUUUUUUGCUAAUUAGCGUCUUAAUUAACAGUAACGUUAUAGUGUUGGUCCUCGGGUCACCUUUAAGUGUUACAAGUCCAGUGCCGACAGGAACGUUUCAGAUCAAGUGCCUUGAGCGUCACUUUUGGCUUUCUGUCAAGUCCAGCUUCCUUGGCCUGAGGAUCCGUUUUGACUUUGAAGACCAGUAUGGAUUCCACCUCUUGUCUGAUCAGGAGGCCACACUCUGUGGUUACACUGUCCUAAUCAAUGAUGUCGGAGAGCUGGUGUUUCGUGCCUCUUUCUUGGCCUGUCAUGUUCACAGCGAGAGAGGCACAGACUAUCACCUGCGUCUUUGGUUUGUGAACCUGCAGGCGGAUGGGAAGGUGGCGGCGUACCCCUUCAAGCUCCACUGCUCACUGCACGGGAGGUGGAGCACCAGAGAGAUCAUCUGUGAGGAAAACUACAUGGAGGUGUCCCUCCUGCAGCCUGUCCUGCCUGUUACAUCCAAAAAUGAAAAGGAGGGAGCCGAUGAGGCAGACAUGGCCGUGAUGUUUCACAGAGAUGACCACCACCCAGAGGAAGCGAGGGUCUUGUCCCUGAUGGAGGCUGCUGCUCUGGGCUACCACGUCUCACUGCGUGGCUCACACCUCACCCUCCGCUGUCCCUACGCCUCCCUUCUCUCAUACUUCAUCAAGGAGAGGGGAGUGGAUUUAGAGAUUGUCAGAGCAACCAUUCUGUACCAACUCCAGAGCAACGUCCUUGAGGUUGACAUCACUGUUGCCUGUGCUCUGAAUGAGGCUACAGCACAUGCGUCUGACCUGCUGUGGGCUGUCCCUUAUAUUCUGUCUCCGUUAGUCCACGGUCAGUUCAGGGGCCGAGGCAUGAGGAUGGGAGUGAACGGCCAGGCUCUGAGUGAGUCUGAAAAUAAAGAGAGGGGAUUCAAAAUCGGCCUGCAGGAGGGGAUAGUGGAGGUCAGGAUUCCUUUAGGAGCGCAUGGUGGACACAUUAAGAGUGGUGUUGUGAGGGGCUGGUACAGCCAGUCCAUGUCCGUGGAUCUGUUCUUCAUGAGACAGUGGGAGGAUGAGCGCUGGCCUCUCACGCAGCAUCGCACCUUCAGGCUCCUGAAGACGCCUCUCGUUCCACAAAUUCCAGUCUUCUCCAACAACACAGUCCCAUCUGAGGGACUGUUUUCUGUCACUUUAGGCCUCUUUGCACCUGAUGUUUCCGUCCAGAAGGUGACAGUCGAUGGCGGUGGCGACCUUUUAACCUGGACCCAGACCCACAUAAGACAGAGCGACACAGAUCUCCGUGUGCUCAGGCUCUCCCACUCCAACGGGAGCCACUCCUACCAGCUUCUUUUCCCAUUGACACACCCAAAAAUAAUCCCAGAGCAUAUAGGUGGUGGCUAUGAGACCUACAGCCUCUCGUUCACCUUUACUCUUAACAUCUCACCCAAAGGAGAGGUCUUUUACCAUAAAGCCACCGUAAAGCAUAUCGUUGAAUACGCACCUCCAGUGUCCCCCAAGCUGGAGGUGAAGUGCACACAGAGCAGCCUGCUGGUGCUGCUGCACCACGGGACCCAGGCCGAGCUGCAGUGGGAGCUCUUCCUCGGAGCUCACAGGCUGGACUGGGACCUGGUGAUGAUGGGUGGGUUCAUAGUGGAGGCGGAGGAGGAUUACUUGACUGUGGAGAUCCCCUCCUACAGCCCUGGAAUGAACUAUAUGGAGCUGACAUUGCAGGGUCUUGUCUCUGGAGUGGAAGUGUCUGUUGUGGAUGCAGAGUCUCUGAAAGUGGAGGACAGUCUUGUCCGUAAAUGCACCUUCCCUGUUGGAGAACUACUAGUAUGUUUGCCAGAAGGCAGGAUGGUGGCAGUAGUCGACACCACCCACACCAUCCCGCCUACUCACCCCAAUCAAACCACGCUAUUGGACCCCAGCUGUGUUCCCAUGGAGACGGACAGUGCCAGAGCCCUGUUCAGCUUCAGUCUGGACUCCUGUGGGACGACUGUAACUACUGAGGGAAAUUUCCUUGUUUAUGAAAACCAGAUCAGUUACCCUCAAAAUUUUCUCCCUUUGGAUGAUCCCCUUAUACACAGAGAUCCUCCAUACAGGCUGACGAUUCAGUGCCGCUACCCAGCAAACCAUAGUAGUACUCUUGCUAUCCAACACCCUUUGAACUCCUCCCUGGACCUUUCACCCAUCAAGCCAGUCCAGCGCACACGUAGGGAGGCUGCAAACACAGGUCAAAGAAAAUGGAGGGUGAAUUCAGAGGGACAGCAAAACCUUCAUCUAGUGUGGAUCACGUGGAUGCUCGUCUCCAUGCUGCUGCUACUGAUGCUCUGCAGGGUUUCUGCAUACUUGCCCUGUAACUUAAAUAAAUAAACACUUUUAUA